AUGAGCAACGAGGAAGUGAGAGAAAAAUACAUACGGGAAUUUCGGCCCAGAGAAUACCCGGGGGCAAUGAAAGGGAUCCCCGACGUGCACUCCUUUUACCAGAAGGAGCUUCACUUCAUCUUCAACUCUCCUAUGUCCGACUCCUGGCGAACGCUUCUGGACGUUGGGUGUGGGCCCACUGUUGCCAACGUCUUCCCGGCGACAAGAAAGAAGAUUCAGAGCAUUGUCUUCAGUGACUUGGUGCCCAGAAACCGAGAGGAAGUAGAAAAGUGGAUUCGAAGGGCUUCGGAAGCCAUGGACUGGUCCUUCAUGAGCGAACCACUGGCCAUCUUGGAAGGAUGCAAGAACGUAAAGAACGGAGCCAGGGACAUCGAAGAAAGGACACGCGCAGCCGCCAAGAAAGUGAUCCCCUGCGACGUCCUGGACCCUAAUGUCCUCCCCGAAGAACACAAGGAAGCCUUCGACGUCGUCCUUUCCAGCCUUUGCCUCGAGGCGGCGAGUCGGGAUGAAAGCACCUACCGGGCAGUCACUCGGAACGUCUCAAGCCUGAUUCGCCAGGGAGGGCACCUGAUACUGUGCGGCAUUGCAGGAUCGAUCGAGUACACCGUCGGCGAUGCUACGUUCCCGGACCUUGGCCUGACUAAGGCCAUGGUAGAAAAUGCGCUAAGUGGAUCGGGGAUCGAGGUGAAACGCUGGAGCUCGCUUGACAAGCCCAUGUCUUCGGACAGCCCGAAAUAUUGGGAUUUCGCGUUCGUCGUCCUAGCCGAAAAGCUUUAG